AUGGAGAAACGGAGAGCAUCGUUGAAUCGCGAAGCCGAAACCCCAUCUAUCGAUGAGACCCAUGGAUUUGAAUUGGUCCGUCAGAUACGUGACUGGCAAAUAAACAACGGCGCUCUAUUCAAGAGCAUCGCAGAUGACGAUCAGGAUGAUAGUGGAGUAGGGUAUGCUAUCGGAGUCACUGUCUUCCCCUCACCUUUUCCCUGGAGGCUGUUUGAACAAGCGAGGACAUUACAGCCGAUCUACAACAAGCUGUACUGUGCUAUCGCUGAGGAUCCCGAUUGGAUCUACUCGCAGAUCAAAGAUCUCAUUCCCGUUGACCCCCUUGUCCACGAGCUGUGGGAUCUCUAUCAGGCUGCCCGACAGCGAACAUCUGUGCAGCCCAUCUCGGCCGGCGUGUUUCGCUCCGACUACAUGCUCAAUUGUGGCACUGGAUCUUUGGUUGAUCCCCAGGAUGAAGAACGCAUCCACAGCACUCGCUGGGAUCAGCUAUCGCAGGCAAGCCUGAAGCAGGUGGAGUUUAACACAUACUUUUGCGCGGGGUUCGCCCACGCAGAAAGAGUCGCCAAGAUGCACCAAUACCUUGCGCGUACGGGAGCCUAUAACUUGAACGGUCGCCAGCCGUUCCAUGCAGGCUCAAUGCCUUUGAACCAUAAUGUUGCCGAGAUUGCUUCCCUCCUGGCUCUUGCACACGAGACCUACGGAUUUGCAAGGAGCAAGUUUGGGAGAAAGACAGCGAUCCUGUUCGUUGUUCAACCACACAAUGUCAAUACCACUGACGAGCGACCGAUCGAGUAUGCCUUGGCGGAUCGAGACAUACCUGUGUCCAUUUAUCGAGUGUGGUUUGGACACGACGUGCUAGCGUGCACAUCGCUCACAGAGGAACAGGCAUUGCUGUUCACUCCGCCGGGGUCCGUAUCCGAGCCAGUGGAGAUAUCAGUUGUCUAUAUGCGAGCCGGCCUUGACGCGAGCGAAUAUUUCGACGACAGCGACAUGCAGGGCUGCAACGACGGGGAUGCAGAUCUCUCGGAAAAGUCGAGGCAUGGAGCUGGCUGGUACGCGCGUUUGCAACUCGAGCAGUCGGCGGCGAUCAAGUGCCCCUCCGUGUUGGGACAUAUGGCCACUUUAAAAAGGGUUCAGCAAGCCCUGACCGUGCCAGGGGCAUUGGAGCGAUUCCUCGAUCCCGACGAAGCCAGCCAAAUUCGUACAACAUUCGUGCGCAUGUAUCCCCUCGACAAAUCCGAAAAUGGCUUGUGUGGACGGGCUAAAGCCACCGAUCCCGAGCAGGCGAGGCACAUGAUUCUCAAGCCAUCCCAGGAAGGAGGUGGCCACAAUGUCUAUGGCGAAGAGAUCCCGGAAUUCCUAAAGACCCUAUCGCAGGUAGAAUGGUCUCGGUACAUCCUCAUGGAAAGAAUCAUGCCUCCGCCUGCAGAUAACUUCCUGUUGGGUCGUGAGUGCGCGGGUUACGAUACCAUCUCCGAACUGGGUGUGUUGGGAUGUUGCCUGUGGCGCAAGGAAGCGCAGGGUCAUGGCCGCUGCGAGAUAUUCCAGAAUUGGCAGGGUGGCUGGACGUUCAAGACGAAGCCCGCUGGGGUCGAUGAAAUGAGUGUGGUCAAAGGAUUCGGUUGUUUUGAUUCGCUGCGGCUAUUGGGAUGA